AGCUUAGACCCACUUAUAAGCCCUUAUCCGAACCCACAUCGGGAAUUCUUUCUAAGCCCAUUAUCUUUUCGCGAAAUAUCGGCCAACUUUUUAACUUUUUUUUAAUUCCCCUCCUAUAAACCAACAUCAAAAGUUGCCUUCAUCACUUUGCCGCAACGUCAUACCGUUCGAGUCGUGAGGGCAAGUUCUCGUCGCAAAUUUAAUCAAAUACCUAAAGCCUCUUCCCUUCUUAACGAAGAAAAAAAAAGACCGACGUCAAGAUGUCGUACAACAAGGCCGAGAAGGACUUUGCCGGCGAGCAGGCCAAGACUCACAAGAUCCGUAUCACCCUCAGCUCCCGCAAGGUGAACUCUCUUGAGAAGGUCUGCAGCGAGCUCAUCGAGCGCGCCAAGAGCAAGGACCUCCGCGUCAAGGGCCCCGUUCGUCUCCCUACCAAGACCCUCAAGGUUACCACCCGAAAGACUCCUUGUGGUGAGGGUUCCAAGACCUGGGACCGCUACGAGCUGCGCAUUCACAAGCGCCUGAUCGACCUUAACGCUCCCACCGAGACUGUUAAGCAGAUCAUCGUUAACAUCGAGGCCGGUGUCGAAGUCGAAGUUACCAUCGCUGCUUAAAGCAGAAUUCGAGAAUGGGAAAAGGCGCAAAGGGCGGAUGGGUAUUGGAAGGAUCAUCUGUAUUCAAGGAUACCCGUGUUAUUCCAGCUGCGUUCUAGACAGCGCCUGCAAUUACACAUGCUCGCAGGCACUACGCCGCGGCAGAAUUCAAGUCCGAGCCAAUUUAUGAGGCCAAUAUUAUAACU